AUGAGAACAAGGAGAAGAUCAAAGGGAAAAGAGAAUCACCAAGAAUACAAGAAAGGGUUAUGGACAGUUGAGGAAGACAACAUCCUUAGAGACUAUGUCCUUGCUCACGGCAAAGGCCAAUGGAACCGCAUCGUCCGAAACACUGGGCUAAAGAGGUGUGGGAAAAGCUGUAGACUGAGAUGGAUAAAUUAUUUGAGCCCUAAUGUGAAUAAAGGCGAUUUCACUGAACAAGAAGAAGACCUCAUUAUCCGUCUCCACAAGCUCCUCGGCAAUAGAUGGUCAUUGAUAGCUAAGAGAGUACCUGGAAGAACUGAUAACCAAGUCAAGAAUCACUGGAACACUCAUCUCAGGAAAAAAACCAUCGGAGAUAACUCCCCCGCCGUCGUCACAACCACCGGAGACGGCGACUCUCCACCGUCAUUGUUCAACAACACCGCCAAAACUUAUUCUCAUCAUCAACGAGACAAUGCAGCCAAGAACUUGGACGGCGUCGUAUCUAAACCCUCGUACGAAGAGGAUAAAUCCAAAGUGGUGGCAAAAAGUAACGUCGUAUUGGCAACUACUACUAAUGAUCAGAGUCUCUACUUCGAGGAAAAGAACAACUGUUAUAGCAGUAACGCUUUUUGGGCUAAUGAACUGAACGAGUUCGAUCUGAGUUCACUCCUUAUGAUGGAUUUUGCUUACUGCCUCUAG